AUGGAUCCUCUAUCCAUAUUGAGCGUUGUUGCUGCCGCGGUCCAGUUUGUCGACUUCGGUCAGCGACUGUUUUCGGAGACGUGGCAAAUCUAUCGUUCGGCGUCUAGGCAAACACUUCGACUGCAGAAUCUGUCCGCUAUCUCACAAGAUAUCUCACAGCUAUCCAAUAAUGUGAAAGAGACUUUCGAAGCCCAGAAACAGGGUACAUCUGCCUUGGACGGUUCUGAUCGAGAGUUGCUCCGUCUUUGUCGUGAGUGCGAUGACAUCGCAACAAGAAUCCUCACGGUCAUGCGCAAGGUCAGUAGGCAAUUUGAAACAGAACUGGCUACGGAUAGAGAAGCAAAUAGGCGGGCUAAACGAUGCGGAACGGGGUCAUACGAACCAAAGUCGGUUGGACAUUGCUUCAGAACGGCAGUCAGAUCAUGGUCACAACGGGAAGAGAUCGCCAAAAUCGAAGAGCUUCUUCAGAAAGUGCAUCAAGAAAUAAUGACGGCGGCCAUUAUGUCUAUCUGGCGCAACUCACAGAGUACCAAAAACUGGGAGUUUCAAUUCAGCAGCAAACUUGACACCAUGAUAGAAUUGCUUCAUCAAUCCUUAGACGCAGUAGGGCACUUUGGCCCGGAGCAAAAGCAAAGCUACAGACGAGAGACCGUGGAACUAACAACUGUGGAAUCCAUGCGUCAUAAUAGCGUAACUGAUCAAAUUGCGAAUCGGUUAUGGCGAGCCGACUGGAAGCCUGACCCAAAGCUUCUCGACUCCUUCCCCCAGCAAACAGGUCUUUCUGUCAAGGAACUCAAUUCAUUCAUCUGUGACAGUCUUCGUUUUGAUUCGAUGGAUAACCGGGAAGAAGCAAUCACAAAAGCAUUCGAUACCACAUACCAAUGGGUGUUCAACAAGGAUCCGCUCUCCUCUCUGAAUGGGGUCCCAAUGUGGUCAAGUCUGCCUGAUUGGCUUGAGGGCGAUCCUGGUCUCCCAUACUGGAUUACUGGUAAACCAGGCUCUGGAAAGUCAACAAUGAUGAAGUUCAUUCUUCAACAUUCAAUAUUGAACCAGCACCUGCAAAGGUGGUCCCGAGGUUCGCAAAUGUACACAAUCAAGUACUACGCCUGGCGACCGGGGUCAGAGAUGGCAAGAUCUGAAGAUGGCUUGUUACGAACUCUCCUUCACCAGAUACUCCAAAUCAACCCUGAUAUGAUACCGCAUCUAUGCCCACGGCGUUGGUCCCUUUUCCACGCAGUCCGCGUAACAGAUGCAUUUCCUCCUUGGACUACGUGGGAACUCGAUGAGUCCUUCGAUUGUCUUCUCAAUCUUGGAGCAAACACGCCCCUCCUGGCUGUUUUCAUUGAUGGUCUAGAUGAAUUCGAUGCCGCGCCCGUGCAGUUAUGCAAAAGGAUACAGAAAAUGUCUUCUUACAAGACCGUCAAAGUCUGCGUUGCAAGUCGUCCUUGGCCACAGUUCGGUGAUGCUUUCGCGUCAAGCCCAGGACUGCAAAUGCAUCUCCUGACUAACGCAGACAUCCAAUCUUUUGUGCGUGGUCACUUCCUUGGAGUCGUGGCUUUCCAGGAGCUUAAUGCUCUCUACCGCGGUGGCGGCGAAGCCCUUCUCGUGGAUAUUGUUACAAAAGCCAAAGGUGUCUUUCUCUGGACCGCUCUAGUAACACAGACACUACUGGAGAAUCUGAUUGACGGCUCCGGCCUACCACGCCUACAGGAGAUUCUUGACACAAUGCCAAGCGAGAUUGAAAGUCUCUAUGAUGCCAUCUAUGCAUUCAUCCCGAAGAGACUGCUGCCGGAAGUUUCUGCGAUGUUGCAAUUGUACGUUCUGGCUUUCGGGCCUGUGGACUGGAUGAUGCUGUGGUUAGCAGACGAAGUCAGAGCCGACCCGGCAGCUACUAAAACUCAAAUACAAGACCUCGACAUGGUAAAAGUACAGGCUACGCUCAAACGUAGACUCGGUGCCCGAACGAGAGGAAUCCUAGAGCUCGUGCCAGCAACAAGAACUGUGGAGUACUUGCAUAGAACGGCUGCGGAAUGGGUAAAUCAUCCGCGUGUCUGGGAGCAAUUACGAUCAGUGAGCCCUAGCGGGUUCGAUCCAAACGCAUGCCUCUUUCAAGCAGAAGUCAUUCAAAUGCAAAACUUGCAACAAUCUGGACGUCACCAUCUCCCGUGCCAUCCAAGCUUCUGGCAAGAUGUCGCAAGGGCGCUGUCCUAUGCGUCGCGAGUUGACGAGUGUGUUGUCUCAGACGAAUCUUUGACUGAAUUACUCGACCGGUUCCAAGAGGCCUCCACAGGAAGUUUCGGUACAUUCACCGAAGUAGAUGGCCACACUAUCGUGAAGACUAUAUCUUGGCCCUCGUAUUGGGGUCUUGAGAUUCGUGACAUGAAAGGAAACACUUUCGACGGAAUCGUCACACAAUUCGCCAUCUUACCCUACAUCCGCCACAAACUCAAAAGAAAGCCCGCCCUUUUCCAUAAGGCAAACCCAUAG